AUUUAGUUUGUGGCAGUAUCGGCUGAUGUUGAAAGGUUUAAGAGCACGACGCUGAGUAUAGGGUAUUACUCAUUAAGCUGUACUUUCUCCUCAACCAACGUAAAACUCAGUGGUCAUUCUUUAAAUUAUUCCGACUUUCUUAGAAGGAAGCGUUGAAAAUGUUGUACAAAAGAUACUUGCUCGCUUUAUUCCGCGUCAUUGAAACAUUUAGCAGUUCUUCCGGAUUCGGCAACGAGCGAACAAAAUGAGCGAAUAAACGAUCAAAAACAUACGUGUAAGUCGAAAAGAAACUGACAUAAUUGCUCUCUUAUAACUCGUGGAUCGCCAAGCCUGCCCAAUUAAUUUGCUUAGUGUUCAUAAGUAUAUUUCCGAAUUUGUUUUCCUGUGUAUGGUAUGAAACUGUUUACCACACGGUACCCAGUAUUUACCAGACUCUCGAGGCCUUUAUACUAUUGGAUUUUUAUUGGAAUUAAUCGUGACUUCGAUAAAACAGUGAAAAUACACCUAAACGGCCGUUAAAGUACAUUUUACUGUCAUCGAACUUACGAUAACUUCCCAUGCAAAUCCUCAUAAUCUGGGUUGUGAGCCUGGGUGCCCUGUUUGUAAACUUUGACCCCUCGAAAUCUGAAGGUAAUAAUGGUAUUUAUUAGCGAAUUAGUGAUAUAUACUGUUAUAGAAAGUCCAUUUUAUUUAUUUAGUUGAAAUUAAGUGUAAGUGGUCCAAAUAUCGAUAAUUUGAUUUUGGUGUAUAAAAUAGUUAACAUAAAUAUGGCUAUUUUGGUUUUCAAAUGUCCCACGCGUCACCAUUUUUAUUUUCAUGACGUAACGUCGCGCUCUCUUUGAUGCUUUUUGAUUCACUUAACAAUAGAGGCAACAAAAACGUUGUAGAAAUUGAAAUGGGGGCACUGAAUUGGCAAGAUGUUGCUGUAUAUUGUCGCGUAUUUAGAAAUCUGGCCAAACGUUUACGAGACUAUAGAAUAUGGUAAAGUCAACUGAGUAAAGUCAUUUUUUAUUGUCUGGAGGUUUAUAAGAUUUUUCUAUCGCAUGGUGUCUUAAAGUUGCUAGCCUAGUCGAAAUUAAAUUUUGUACUGUAGUUUAUAUCGGGAUAUAUAGUAAAGCAACAGUAAAUACUGAGGAAACAAGAUGUUAGUGAUGUUUCGAAUAAAGCUGUACAUUUUUCAAAGCUACGCAGUGUAAAGUUUAGAUUAGUUUGACUUUGUUUAUCUGGCCUUUCAAAGUUAUUGUCGCUCGUAGUUUCUUGAACUGCUUUUAAAAAAGAGGGUCCCAAAAAGGGCGGAGCAAGCAUAAUAAAUAUCACGUGGUUGAGAAACCUCGUCCCCAGG